AUGUCUCCCUCCGCAGUCCUACCACAAGCGGACCCGACGGUGCCUGCAGCUGCCAGCGCCAAUGAUGCUCAAGUCGAGCAAAGCGUUCCUAAUCCCGUAUAUCUUACUACGGAGCCGAAGGAGGACUUUGACUGGAAGAUUACCCUGAAGGGCAAGGUAGUCGCUAUUACCGGUGCCAACAGAGGCAUUGGACUCGGUCUCGCGACGGUAUGCCUUGCGAACGACGUCGCUGAAGUUUAUUCUUUGGACCUUUUCGUGCCCGGCGACGAGUUUGAGGCGCUUCAAAAGGCAAACCCCAAGCGGGUCCACUACAUACACUGCGAUGUGACGUCUGAAGAGAGCGUCACGGAAGCAAUAGACAAAAUUGUCGCGCAGUCGGGCCGUAUUGACGGUAUGAUUGCCAAUGCGGGCAUGACCAAGCACCAGCCCGCGCUCGACUUUGACCGCCCCCAGCUCGAACAGCUGUUUAAUCUCAACGUCUUUGGCGCAUACUUUUGCGCAACCGCAGCCGCAAAGAAGUUUAUCGAGUUGGGCAUCAAGGGCUCAAUCGUUUUCACCGCCUCGAUGACUUCGUACAGGCCGAACAGAGCUGCACCGUCUGCGCCGUAUGGAGGAACAAAGGGUGCUGUCCGCAACAUGGCACACACGCUGGCGAUGGAGUGGGCAAAGCACGGAAUCCGCGUCAACUCCAUCUCUCCAGGCUUUGUGCGCACACAAAUGACAUACUACGUCGAGAGGGCAGCGGACUGGAACUUGAAGAUGCAGUACUAUGGCGGCAUGCCUAGAUUGGCCGACCCUCGCGAACUUGGCGGAGCCUACGUGUAUUUGCUGUCGGAUGCCGCCAGCUACACCACGGGUAUCGAUAUCCCAGUCGCAGGUAUUGUCGGUGCCUGGUAG